AUGAGUCUUGCUACCCUACCCUGCGAGCUUCUCGCCGAGGUCUUCUCGCUUGAUAAUGGCUUGUCAAGGCGAGAUCUCAAGUCGCUUAGACUCACCUGCCGCCAAGUGUCUACAGAAGCCUCGCGCUCUCUUUUCUAUCAAGUCCGAGUCUCCCCUCUUAUUCAAGAUCUUCAGCAUUUCUUCGAGCUCUCAGAGUCCCCGCUUGCCUCCCUGGUCCGUGUUCUCGUCUGGGAAGAGCUUGCGUUUGACUCUAAGAUCUUCAGAUAUCCUUGCUUGAGACCCCCGGUGGUUUGUGAUUACAGCGAGGUUGAUAACGAAGAUUCCUUCACAGAACUCACCAGGCUCGCGUAUUUCGGCUUUCUGGUUGGUUUACAGGAUAUCUCGGGUUUUCCCCGUCGACCGGGCCCCUUUACCGCGUAUAUGGUCCAUGAUAACAAACGUCCGGCUACCAAAAUAAAUUCUCCAGAUGAAUUUGUAUCCGCUGUUCGCAACAACAUGCCUAAUCUACAUACCCUGGUCUCAAGGCCUAUGGAUGGUCAGCGGUGCCUUGAGAUUCCCUCUUUGGGAUUCUCCAUGACCAUCAGCAGUCUCAGGAUUCUUUUAGAGAAAAAUGAGAUAAAUCUAAGCUACAACACUGGUUUUAUGGAUUACUUCAUUCCGCUGCUGGAGUCUCUUGCAAGUCAGGCCAAUGAUGAAGCGCCAACAGUCAAGAUUAGCCAUCUAUUCUACUCAGAUGAGAGUCUCGAUACCCAUUCACCGCUCCUCCGAAUGGAAGAGCCUUCGAAGCUUAACAUUUUCGAGCAUCUUGUUCACUUGGAUCUCUGUCUCUGUAGUAUGUCUGCCCCGAGUCAGGCUGCCAGAGGGUUUACGGCUUGCCUUGCGAAAGCGAAAAACUUGACGAGCUUGAAAAUAUGUAACGAGAAUACUUUCAUUCCGUUCAUUCCUAGCAUCAUUCCUAAACUGCCCAAACUUACUAGUGUGGAGUUUGUGGAAAUGAACGGUAUUAGAUGCCCCGAGGAUGCCUGGGUCUCCCGGACUGUCGCUUUCAUUCGACGCCACGCGAAGACACUCAAAAGGUUAUACUUCACCUCCAUGGUAGUCAAUGGUUCCUUUCUUACGGAACUUGCAAACUUGAAUUCGUUGCACUUGGAUACGUUUGUUAUAGCGUCAGGAGACGGCAUCGACAAUGACGGCGAUGACUAUGGCGGUGACUAUGGCGGUGACUACGACAGCAAUGACGACGACAGUGAUAACGACGACAGUGAUAACGACGAUAGCGACUCCUCGUUAUCCGUUGGAAAAACGGAUGAGCGUUUGAAUGAACAGGCAGUUCUCGCUUACGUCAACCGCACGGAUGACCCCGAUCAGAAGAAACCACUGCCACCUCACAUAAACGAAGAGACGCAGGUAUCUACGCAUCCACUAGUCUUUGACAAGACUACUUGCGAGCUUUCUGCCUUCCAUGCUACGCGAGACAAUCUCUGGCAAAAGAGAGGAUAUGAUUUGAAGGACAUCAAAGCUUUGGAUUCUGCUACAUUCGAGCGAAGAGACGAACAUGGCAUCGCCCAUAGUCUUGGACCCCGAAGGAUCUACCAUUUUGAGACGGGGUUAUGGGUCGACUCAGACCAAGUCUUCUACGACCCUGUCACUGACGAAGAGGUUGAUGAUCCUUUUGAAAAACGAGAGAAGCCCAACGAUGACUCCUGGACUGUUCAAGGACAACAUACGUGGGAUUCGGAAAUGGGUCUUUGGAGAGAUGGACAAGGAAAACUGAAGAAGUUUGCUACUGAAAGGGAACUUCCAGAAAGACCAAAAGUCACCACCGAAGACCAAGAUCCCGAUUUCACCACCGACAUGCAACCUUUCUACGACAGAGAAGAAGACGAAUAUCUUCUCAGAAUCGAAAACUCCCCGCGGUGGGACUGGGGGCGAGACGCAGAGGGCCAAGUUUGGUACUGGCAAGUAUCUGGCACAGCUGGCCACGCAACGGAGACUUGGCGCUUCGAGCACAACGGCGAGCACGCCUAUGGCGACGAACCUCUGGACUUUUGGGAUGAUUGGUACGAUGACCCUGGGGAUAAGGCUGAGGCGACACCCUAUGGCUGGAAUCUGACAGCUUUUGUCAGGAGUAUGGAACUUGGCAAUGGAAUUCCGCAGCGGGGCACAUGCGAAGGCGUACGUCUAUAUUGCAAGGACGAUGACCCGAUGGCUAACCGCCAUCUUCGCCUCUUGCUUCCGAAGCCAGUGGACUUUGAAGUAUGGUCAAACGAGCCACGGGAUGAGCUAGUAUGA